CAGCUUGUUAAUUGCAUUUGCCGCCUAUAUAUAACACACACCAGUUACGUGCGUGUCAGUGUAGUCCAGAGGUAGCAGGUGGUACCCUCGCGGCAAUGGCAACGGCGUCGAGCAUGCAGCAGCCGGCGCUGCUUCUUCUUCGGCAGCUGACGCAGGACCCAGUGACGGCCUCCCUCCUCGCGGUCGCGCUCGCCACCGCGGUCCUUAUGAUCGCCGCCUUGAGCAGAGGCGGGGGCCGGAAGCCGCGGCUGCCGCCGAGCCCGAGGGGCUUCCCGGUGAUCGGGCACCUGCACCUGGUGCGCCCGCCGGUGCACCGCACCUUCCACGACCUGGCGGCCCGGCUGGGCCCGCUGAUGCACAUCCGGCUCGGCUCCACCCACUGCGUGGUGGCCAGCUCGGCCGGCGUCGCCGCCGAGCUCAUCCGGACCCACGAGGGCAAGAUCUCGGAGCGGCCGCUCACGGCCGUGGCGCGCCAGUUCGCGUACGGCGACGACGGCUUCGCCUUCGCGCCCUACGGCCCGCACUGGCGCUCCAUGAAGCGCCUCUGCAUGUCCGAGCUCCUCGGCCCCCGAACCGUCGAGCAGCUCCGCCCCGUCCGCCGCGCCGGCCUCGUCUCGCUGCUGCAGAGCGUGCUGCACCAGGCGUCGGGUGCUGAGGCGGUGGACCUCACCGCCGCGCUCAUCCGGCUGUCGAACACGUCCAUCAUCAGGAUGAUGGCCAGCACCGUGCCCGGGAGCGUCACGGGGGAGGCGCAGGCGCUGGUCAAGGCCGUGGCGGAGCUCGUCGGUGCGUUCAACGUCGAGGAUUACAUCGCCGUGUGCCGCGGCUGGGACCUCCAGGGCCUCGGCCGCCGGGCCGCCGACGUCCACCGCCGCUUCGACGCGCUGCUCGAGCAGAUGAUUCGGCACAAGGAGGAGGCCCGGGAGGCCAGGAAGAUGCGUGGUGGAGCAGAAGGAGAGACGCCGGAGAAGAAGACAGCCACGGGAACGACGACGGAGAGCAGCAAGGACUUGCUCGACAUCCUGCUGGACAAGUUGGAGGACGACGCGGCGGCGGAGGUGAAGCUCACCAGGAAGAAGAUCAAAGCCUUCGUCAUCGACGUGGUGACCGCCGGCUCCGACACGUCGGCGGCCAUGGUGGAGUGGAUGCUGGCGGAGCUGAUGAACCACCCGGAGUGCCUCCGCAAGGUGCGGGAGGAGAUCGACGCGGUGGUGGGGCGCGACAGGAUCGCGGGCGAGGGCGACGUGGCGAGCCUCCCCUACCUGCAGGCGGCGUACAAGGAGACGCUCCGACUGCGCCCGGCGGCCCCGAUCGCGCACCGGCAGUCGACGGAGGAGAUGGUGGUGACCGCGGCCGGCGGCGUAGGCGGGUUCACGGUGCCUGCGGGCACGGCGGUGUUCAUGAACCUGUGGUCCAUCGCGCGCGACCCGGCCAACUGGGACGCGCCACUGGAGUUCCGGCCUGAGCGGUUCAUGGCCGGCGGGCGCAACGAGGCGCUGGACCCGCGCGGGCAGCACUUCCAGUACCUGCCGUUCGGGAGCGGCCGGCGCGGCUGCCCCGGCAUGGGGCUCGCGCUCCAGUCCGUGCCCGCCGUCGUGGCGGCCCUCGUGCAGUGCUUCGACUGGGCCGUGGACGGCGACGCGAAGAAGAUAGACAUGGAGGAGGCCGACGGGCUGGUGUGCGCGCGCAAGCACCCGCUGCUGCUCCGCCCCUCGCCGCGCCUCAGCCCCUUCCCGGCGGUCGUCUAGGCCCGGCCGCACCACGCCGCACGGACGCCGGCGCGGCGUCGCUGUCGUCCACGUCCCUCCAUACUUUUUCUUGUGCCGUCCGCACGUACACGUCAAGAGUGGUCGUUUCCUACAACUACUGCCGCUGGCACGUUAAUGAAGCUGUUUACAGUCAUUGUCAGGUGGUUCAUAGGUUGUAACUUUUCCACUUCCAUAUGGAUCUAUGUAUAUUGCUGUCACAUCUUACUAAUAAAUACUAUAGGAAUAAUCCUACAUCUA